UUCAGAUCCGUCACCUCAACUGAGUUCUCGCUCAUCCUCAGGUUUUCAACAACCUUCGCACAUCCUACGUUCCUCUACCUACCUACCUACCUACCUAGGCGCAACACUCAUCGCCAAAAACCCUCGCGCACACACCCAAGUACCUCAGGCAAAUUCCAGUGGAUUCACUCAUCCACAGCCUUUUACCAAGCCACUUCAACCCCACAAUUGAUCUCCCCAUUCAAGCGACUUCACCAACAAUGGGAAAGAGAAGACUUCCCGCUCCCGCAACGCAGUCUGACAGAACACGCGGUGCAUUAUGGCCACAUCUAAGCACACUCAAGCACUUCCGGGGCAAGAGCACCAACAUCACACCCUCUACGUCCUCCCCAUCGUCGACCCCAUCGAAGGCCCCAUCUCCUGGUGCGCAACAGACGCCAGAUGCUCCAAAGCCCAAACUGGAGCCAGCAGGGCGCAUCCGUCUCAGCGAGGCAGACGUCCUGAAUGAUCUCAGGACCCAUAAAGGUUUCGGCAUUCCAUCGAUUGCGCCAGGCCUUAUGGUGACCGAUUUGCCCAAUUUUGACGAUGUUACUCCGUAUGGUGUGACGGAGCAAGUACAGGAAGAACUCUGGGAGUUGGAAGCCAAGAGGCUCGUCAAGGCUGUCACUCAAGAAGAGUCAUUGCUCUUCGAAGGAUCUGAUGAUAUGGCCAUUGAUUCCAAGAAGUCAUAUGCAAUUCUCGCUGUUCUCGCGGACCGGAUGAUGCAAUGCUUGAAUAUUUCAACCUACGAUGGAGAGAGCCUGUUGGCGCAGCAUCACGAAAAACGUUGCGACCGGUCAAAAAUGCAAAAAUGCAAACUGCUUCUGAGCUACUUAACCAAUAUCGAAGACGACGUGACCGAAGCACAAAAGGAUGACAAUGUCAAGGUCAACGAUGAAGACUUCUUCAAGUUCGUUGACUAUUGCACGAGCGUCUCAGUCCGUCUUCUUUGCUCAGCAGUCGACGGACGCUAUUUUCAGGCCAGUAUCCUUGCGCAAAUGGCCAGGUUCUGCACCAAAGUCAAGGUGCUUUCAGCUGAUCUCAAAAAGUACGCCCAAAUUUCCCUCGACAAUGCUGAGGCUGACAGUGAUAUCCCGCUGCCCAGGCAACAGGGCAUGCGUGGGCAUCAAGGCGGACCUGAUCUCUCCGAAGCCGGCAUCCUUAACACCGGUGAUAUUGACCGGUUCAUUUCACGAUUGGAAGCGGGGAACGGGAAUCAAAUGGGGCUUCUGGAAUCGGCGAGCAAGAAGAAGGCUCUUCGUUUUAAGUACUGUGAGAAGUGCGACACGUACCGACUCACCCUAACGAGGGUGCUCGAGCACAUGAUGAUCCACCUGAGAGGAACCAGCCAACUCACGCAAACAUUCCCAACCUCUUACGAGGUUACUCAGAUGAUCUACGAAACUGGGUUCGAGAGGUCACAGACCAUGGUGUUUCAGGACGAGGAAAAUAAUUUUCUCGGAACAUCUGACCCGGUAGUGGUAAAUUACUGCCGGAAUGGUAUUCACCUUCUCAAUCAGACUCUCAAUCAUUUGUUUGGCAACGGCAUGAUUUCAGAGUGUCCGCCUGACCCACCCAGUCCUCAUCCAACAGUGUUGGAUGACAAUUCUUCCGUUGGCACAACAAUAUCAUGGGACUAUUCACCUGACAGAGAUGGGGAUCCUUUGCAAAAAUUUCCUCCCACACCGGCGCAACCUCGACGACUUGCCAAAGUGGAAUCAAUGUCCAACAUCAUAACGAUCAUCGUGCCACUGCUGUUAGCAAAUCCUUCCACUGGUUACUUCAUCCAGAACUUCUUCAGGCUCAUCUCCUUCAACAAUUUUCUCGUUGCACGUUCGGUAUCUACCUCUACCGCCGCCGCCGCCUACCAAACUCUGCAACCACAACCUGCACAGGAAAGCCCGUUCGAGCCCCACAUGUACGGAAAGUACACCGCUUUCUUCUCGCUCACCACCGAGGAGUACCGCUGCAAACAUCAUGAUAGUCCCGCAGAUGCACCCAGGCCUUUGUCCAAAGCUUUGAUGCGCCGCAAGAACCUUCACAGAGGGGACGAAGUUGGCGCCCUUCCCCGCGUGGACAGCAUGGCGCGUGCGACCAACAAUGGAAAAAACAGAAACAAGAAGAAUACCCAACAGCACCCCCCUGUCGAUGAUGGAGACACAUUCCAGCGCCGGAUCGAAGCCCACCAGAGAGAGCUUGACCGCUAUGGGAACAAGAUGAAGUCGUGGGUUGCCGAAGAAAAGGGCAUCAUGGUCCAGUGCAAGGGCUACGUGGCGCUCACAAUGCUUUUCUGUAUCGUGCUUGUCAGUGGUGGCAUCGCCGUUGGUGUCUCGGUUGGUCCCCGGAUCAGUGCCGUGGAUCCCUUCAACAUCACGACGUACUGCUGGGUGCUGGCGGCCUUUAUCGUGCUGGUCGCCAAGAGUGUCAGGGUUCACGAUUGGCCGUGGAAUGACUUUCUACACGGACGGGUCCUCUGCAAGAGUGUCUCUGAGCUAUCCUCGGUUACCGGCAUUGGCGACCAGCUCAUCCUGGCCAAACUGUUGCAGGACGAAUCUCUCUCUCGCUUGGAGACGCGAGGACCAUUCAAUGCAGUGUUCCGCAGGCGAAAAGGCGAAGGGUUUUCGAUUGAUCGACCGAUAAGCAUGUGGACGAUGCUUUUGAGCGGGUUGAUCAUGAUUGAGGUUGAGUCAGUUGGGGGUAAGUCACUGGUCUGUUUGGAUCUUAGGAGGGGCACAGCCAUCGAAAGAAUUAGUAGCAUGGCGGAUUACCAAGAAGACGAGGAAAAGAGGUCGAAGUAUAUCCAUUGCAGAAAUAUCCCGGGCAGGAAGGAGCUGGCUGAUGAAGGCCACAGAGAUCCCAACAAGCUGAUUCUUGACCAUGGGGAUAUCUUGUGGAUCAGAUCGCUGGGUUUCUAUUCCAACAAGGACGCGAUGUUCAUCUAGGACUAUUUGCAAGUUUUUCGCUACCUAAGUCAAAAUCCGUUGGAUACAAUACAACUGAACUUCACACAA